AUGUUGUUUUCCUCCGUUGCUCUUGCCGUCUUCUCGCUCGCCAUCUCGGCCAACGCGGCUGUGAUUCCUGAAGGCGUUCGCAACGUUUUCGCAAGGCAGGCCUCGACGUCGACCGUGCCCCCUCCGUCAUCAACCGUGACACCACCUCCUUCGUCCACUGUGUCUGCAACCCCGAGCCCCACGUCUACGCUCCCUCCGUUCUUGGUUGGCACUCAGACCGGCGAUGGUACUUUCUACACUCCCGGCCUCGGCGCCUGCGGGAUCACGAACACAGAGCAGGACAUGAUCGUCGCUGUCUCUGAAACCCUCUUCGACACCUUCCCCGGGUACACCGGCACGAACCCAAACAACAACCCCGUCUGCAACCAGAAGAUCAGCGCGACCUACGGAAGCAUCACGAUCAACGUGACCGUCACGGACCGCUGCACCGCCUGCGCACUAACCGACCUCGACUUCACGCCUGCUGGGUUCCAGCAGUUCGCACCCGAGACAGCGGGUCGCAUUCACGGCGUCCAGUGGGACUGGAUCGAUCUCGUUCUUUGA